UUCGCCUAUCAUCUCAACGCCGAGCAGUUCCGUAUUCUGCUGCUGUACUUUUUUUCAUGUACAGUUACCCCGCAUCACGUACACUGUAUGUGUUCAGAACGUACCGUCACCAACAUGGACUCGUGAUAUUUGGGAAGACCAAGAGGGUGAAUAUGCUUUCUACUUGGUACCAUGUCCCUGGCCGUGCUUAACAUGAGGGCCCUCCAUGAAGCAUCCCAACGGAGUGGCAAAGUGACCCCACUCCCAUGAGAAGUGCACCACCACCACCACCCACCACACCACCCCAACGCACUGAGCUCAAGAUCCCAUCCUGCGGGUCGCGAGGUCCCCCGCCUCAUCCCCACCCACCCCCUGUGUGACCACCCAAGAUGGCCACUGCCCAUAGGAAGCAUCUCGUCAAGGACUUCAACCACUUCAUUACCUGCUACGUGUGUAAAGGUUAUCUGAUCAAGCCCACGACUGUCACAGAAUGUCUGCACACUUUCUGCAAGAGCUGCAUUGUCCAGCACUUUGAAGAGAGCAACGAGUGUCCCAAAUGUGGCAUCCAGGUGCACGAAACAAACCCUCUGGAAAUGCUGAGGCUAGACAACACUCUGGAGGAAAUCAUAUUCAAACUUGUCCCCGGACUCAGAGAAAGUGAACAGCAACAGGAGAUGGAAUUCUGGAAGAGGAAUAAGUCGAGAGAAAAUGGAGAAGACGGCUGUCCCAGGGCCAAGAGAGCUCGUCUGGAUGAAGAUGAAGAGGAAGAUGAUGGUGCUGAUAAGGACUAUCACCGUAGCGACCCACAGAUCGCCAUCUGUCUGGACUGUCUGCGUAACAAUGCCCAGGUCGGAGAGAACACCGUCAAGGGCUUAAUGAAGAAGUUCAUCCGUUGUUCCACACGAGUCACUGUAGGAACAAUCAAGAAGUUUCUCAGUCUGAAGCUGAAGCUUCCGAGUUCGUACGAGCUAGACGUUCUAUGCAACGGUGAGAUCAUGGGGAAGGACCACACCAUGGAGUUCAUCUAUAUGACGCGGUGGCGACUGCACGGGGAGAAUGUCUACCCAAUGGUACUGGAGUACAGGCCGCGGAUCGACUUUGGUUAGCCAAUGAAAAUAAGCCUGGAGGACACUUCUGCACUAACUUCAGCCCAUUGGUCGACAGCACAAUGAAUGGACACACCCACCAAGUGGGAUCAGAACAUAUUCUCACGUGUUUUACUUCCUGAGGCCUUGACCUGAGACUUUUCUCUUUGAUGUUAUUUUUUUAUGUACUUUUUUGGAUUUCCAGUAUGUCGAAUUCCAGCAGCUUUUUCUUUUUUCUUUUUUUUAAAAUCCAUCUGGAGUUGGACAGUGGGAACAGAAAACUGAUAUCGGAAUCUGGGAGAAGAAACCCAUCUCACGUCACAAUGAAAUGGUUUGAUUUAGAUUUUAUUCUUUCACUGUUUUUUUUUUUUUUUUAACUUUUAUUUGUUUAUCUCUUUGCUCCAUGAAGCACCCAGCAUGAGAGAAGGAGAGAUGGAAGCGGCCUCACUAGAUAAUGUUAUCAUUACAGGGGCAGAGUUGCUCAUCACCAGAGCCAGUGAUGGCGCGUUAUGGCGUGUUUGGUCUGAGAUUAGCAUCCGUGCCGUUAGCAUAGCGCUCUUCGUAUCACGUCUAGAUGCAUCUGCUCGGCGUUCUUAUCUGUCUGUGAUCACAGUGCCUUUCUCUUCUGGUGACUCUUCCUGUGGAUACAUUCAAUGUAUCUCAAGUGGUUCCCAGCUUG